CCAGGAUGAGGCUGCCAUGUGGCUUGUGGCUAUGGCUUUCCUUGCUGAAAGUCCUGCAGGGCCAGACUCCAAGCCCCCCGACACUCCCGCCCCCGAUGCAGAGCUUCCAAGGAAACCAGUUCCAGGGGGAAUGGUUUGUCCUGGGCCUGGCGGGCAACAGCUUCAGGCCGGAGCACAGGGCGCUGCUGAACCCUUUCACCGCAACUUUCGAGCUAAGUGACGAUGGCCGCUUUGAGGUGUGGAAUGCCAUGACUCGAGGCCAGCACUGUGACACGUGGUCUUAUGUGCUGAUACCGGCAGCCCAGCCCGGGCAGUUCACGGUGGACCACGGUGUGGGGCCUGGGGCAGACAGAGAGGAGACCCGGGUGGUGAACAGUGACUACACCCAGUUCGCCCUGAUGUUGUCCCGGAGACACACGAGCAAGCUGGCCAUCCUCAGGAUCAGCCUGCUGAGCAGGAACUGGUUGCUGCCUCCCGGGACACUGGACCAGUUUUUCUGCCUGAGCAGAGCUCAGGGCCUCUCGGAUGACAACAUUGUCUUCCCAGAUGUGACCGGAGGUGCCCUGGACCUCAGCAGCCUGCCCUGGGUGGCAGCCCCAGUCUGGCCAGAGAACCCCAGCCCUCAAGGCCUGACUCUUCCUGUGGGAGGGCGAGACUGGUCACCCCAUGCCAGCGUCUGUUGAAGGAUGAAGUAGCUUCUGCCCAGCCCGGACCUGCCUCACAGCUGCGCGAGCUCUGCCCUCCUCCACUCUCAAACCUGAAUAAAUGCACCAUGCCCAGA